GUUAUUAUCAGAAACAAUUUUUCCUUCAUCUGAAAAACAUUUUUCAGAAUGUGUAAUAGAUCCUUUAUUACAGGAUCAAAAAACAUGUGAUAAAAACUUUGACAAACCACACAAAAGCUCAGAAUUACAACUUAGUCUGCAAAGAUCAACAAAACAGUAUAAAUCUGUGAAGAGAGCUUCCUUAUCUAGAAAACAAUACAUAAACAAAAUUAAAUAUUUAAAUCUAAAAGAUUUGGAUGAAAGUACACCUGCCAUAUGUUACACUGAUGUCAUGAAGAAAACUGAGAUUUCAGAACCAUUGGUUGGUUUGUAUUCAGAAAAAUAUGAUAUACAAGAAGAUUUUAUAGAUUCUAAUAAAGAAAAUAAAUUUGUUGAGGUGAAGAAUGUAGUAAGCAUAUCACCUGGUACUGUGAAAUUUCCCCCCGCAAGUUACAACGAAGACUAUUUGCAGAACAAAAGUUUAACUAAAAGUAUGAAUCAGUUUUCUCAAAAAAGAGCAAAAGUACAAAUUCAUGAAUCAAAACAAAUUUUGCAAUUGUCUAUUGACAAUCAACAAAGUAGCAAAAAGGUGCAAAAAAAUGAAAAGUAUCCAAAUAACUUAAAGCAGGAAGGGAUAUCUCCAUUCAUUGCAGGUCAAGAACUAUUUCAAUGUGAAAAAGAAUUUUAUGGACUUGUCAAACAUAAUUUGAAUUUUGUCACUCACAGUGUGGAAAAGAAAUACUUUCAGGAUCCACAAAUGCAGAUAGGUGAAAGAAGCAAUGAAGUAAACAGUUCAGAAAUAAUAGAAGAAUAUUAUGAUAAUGCUCAAAGUUGUGAUGUUUCUUCAUUACCAAAAACUAUUGAAAAUUAUGCUCCCCCAAAACAAACUAUCUCACAUUAUCCUGAUUCUCAUACUUUUUCUAAGAAAAGUAUUCAUUUACUACACAUGUAUGAAAGUCAGAUAUAUUCAAAAGAAGGUUAAAAACAAUUAAAAAGCAAACAAAAGAUAUUAGCUUCUCAUGUUGAUCAAUCAGAUAAGGAGAAAAGCAUUAUAACAGGUACAAGGCCUGAUAGAAAGCAUAUAAAUAAGGUAGAAUAUACCACAAAAACAUAUUUAACACCUAAUUUAGAAAACAAGAUUAAAAUUUUAACUCAACAUAAGAAAAAAGAUGGCAUUUUAAAUACUGGAGAUACCGAACCUGAAUUUCAGCAAGAAAUAGUACCACUAAUGUUACCUGUACUAGUAGCAGGAUCUCAGAAGAAAAGUAAACACAGUUUAAUCGUUGAGUAUAAUAAUUUACUUCUUAAAAAGCAUGGCUUAUUAGAUCCUUUUGUCAGUGAAGAUCUAGUGCAACAUUUAGACAUUCAGAGGGAAGAUUCCAAAUCAGAUCUUAGUAUUAAUUUAAAGCUUGUUGAAGAAUCAAAAAAGAUUCUUCAAGCAAGUAUUUGUGUAGAAGAACUGCAGCAACUAGAGCAAGGGUUUGAAAAGCUUCAGUACAAUAUCUCCAUUUCUCCAUGUGAAGCUAUUUACAAGAAAAUAAAGCAAGCAACAACUUUGGUGGAACAUCAACAUAAAUUAAAUAUUGGACAUGAGAAAUGUAUGAAGACCAAAAUGCAUUUACUGCGAGAAGACCAAGGUCUUAUGUGGGAUAUCAGAAACAACUGUGGAAGGCAAAAGACAGAAUCAGAUAAUGGGAAAUUACCUGGCAAUGGUCUCAAAGAAAAAAAUCCUUUAAAUUCAAAUAAGGAAGCUCAGAAUGAUCAGUAUUCUGAAAAAAACACCCCUCCCACAAAUAGUAAGAAAAAGCCAAAUCCUUCAGGAAAAAAAUAUCUAGAUCAACAGGACGUCAAAGAAGAAGUACAAGAGAACAAUCUAAUGAAUCAAAGUUGCAUCAUUAGUAAUGAAAAUGAAUUUCAGAUAAUCCCGAAUAUCAAUACAUUCUGUGCCAUUAUCACUUCUAUUUUUUCAUCUAUGAUACCUAGAGGUAACAAGGUUGUCUCAUCACUCCCUGAAAAUAUGAGACCUGGUCCCGAUCUCUUUGGGUUUUCAUGGGAAAUUGUUAUAGUUGCCAUAUUUACUAUUUUACUGUUCUUAUGCAGGAUGUAUAAGUCAGUUGAAAGUAGACGUUAUUUAGAAAGAGAGAAGAAGCUUGCCAAUAAUAUUGCUGAACUAAUUGAAGAACGAUGUAAAUUAAUUGAUAAACUAAGUCUCCACAAAAAAGAGUAUGCAGAGUUAGAAAAUACUCUGAAAGAUGGCAGCUUUCUACAGGAGUCAACCAUUGCAUCAAAUAUUAAGAUAGAGUAUGAAAAACUGAACAGUUCAAACUUGGCACUCAAUAAUGAAAUAGAACAUUUAGAAAAAGAAUUGAAAGAAGAGAAAUCUAAACAAUCAGAACAGGAUGAUUUGAUGGCUGAAAUACACAAAAGAAAGACAUCUUUAGAAAAUGAAGCAAAAUCUAUCCAGUUUCAAGUAGCUGAGGCCAAAACCACACUAAAAGUAUAUGAAAUUAACAGAGAGAGAUUGAAGACAUCAUUGCAAGAUGCAAUAGAGGAAAAUAGACAUCUUCAUGAAAGUGAAAAACAAUUAUUACAAGAAGUUGAAGGUUGGAAUGAACGAUUUAAUGAACUAAAUGAGCAGAUAAAAAUGUAUGAAUCAUCUCAAGCAAAUCUAGAGGAAGCUCUUAAAGAUAAAGAAAGUCAAGUCAAGUCUCUGACAGACUGCCUCUUAAGGAUGAAAGAAUGGAGCUGUGCCACAGGAGAGCAUGAUUCUAUGGGUGACAACCACAAGGAUAAUGAUAUAAAGAAUGAAACAGAAAAUGAGCAGCACUUGGAUGUUCCAGAAAAAGAAACAGUAAAGAAGCUAAUUUAUGCUGCGAAGCUAAAUGCUCAUUUAAAAUCUGCGGAAACAGAAAGGAAUCAAAUAUAUUCAAAGUUAGGUGAUGAAAAGAAAGCAAAAGAGGAACUUGCAGAACGGAUUGAAAGACUACAAAAAGAACAUGGCGUUUUGCAGUCAGAAAAUAUAGAGGUUCAAAAUGAAAUUCAAAAGCUUCAGCAAAAGCUUCAAGUCAUGACAGAACUGUACCAAGAAAAUGAAAUGAAUCUUCACAGGAAAUUAACUGUAGAAGAAAAAGAACGUUUACAGAAAGAAGAAAAACUUUCCAAAGUCGAUGAGAAAAUUAAUCAUGCUGCUGAAGAACUGAGUACUUAUCGGCAUCGGGUAAAAGAUCUUGAAGAAGAACUAGAAAGAACUGUUUGUUCUUAUGAGAAACAAAUUAACUCACAUGAGAAAAAAGCUCAUGAUAAUUGGUUGACAGCCCGGGCAGCUGAAAGACAACUGAAUGACUUGAGAAAAGAAAAUUUACAUAGAAGACAAGAUUUGACAGAAAUAGAAUUUAAACACCACCUUCUGACAAAAGAUCCUUAUGCUUAUGAUGAUACAGCCACAGCAUUUAGCAGAGAGCAGUCCCCAUAUGGACCCUCACCAAUGGGCAGACCUUCGUCUGAAACAAGAGCUUUUCUUUCCCCCCCAACCUUAUUGGAGGGUCCCUUAAGACUUUCACCUGUGCUUCCAGGUGGAGGAGGAAGAGGUUCAAGAAGACUGGGGAACCCUGGCAUAAUUGAAGUUGGUAAUGAAAGAGGAGAGCUGAACACUAGUAGGUUAUCUGAUCCACACAGGCCACCUUCUGACACUGGAUCUUUGUCACCUCCAUGGGAUAGAGAUCACAGAGUAAUCCUCCCUCACCCCGGUCACCUCUAUAAUGAGCAAUCUCUUCCUCCUCGAAGACAAGAAAGAUUUUAUCCCAAUCCUGUAAACUCUGGAAGGCUUUCAGGACCAGCUGAACUAAGAAGUUAUAACAUGCAUUCAGUUGAUAAAACAGAUGGACCAUCAUCUGAAAAUAACUUGAGAAUGGACCUGAGUGGAGAUGAAUUAAGAGAUCAUUCAAAUGACAGUAAUAUGUACCAUAUACACGAUCAGUCUCUUCCUCCUGAAAACGAAACCUUAGGCCCAGGAAUUGUGCCGCCACCACUUCCCUUUUUGAGAGCUCCUCUAGUGUCAAUGGAUCCAAGGGGAUCUUUCAUAAGAAGAGGUCCUCCGUUUCCACCUGUACCUCCUAACUCUGUGUAUGGUCCACAGGAAUAUUUCCCAAGGGAUUUUGCUGGUUUGCCACGUCCUCUAUUACCAAUGAGAGCUCCCUUUCCUAUGAGGCCUUUUUCACAAUAUCCACCUCCUCCAAGGGCUGGCUUUUUUCCUCCUCCACCACCACCAUCUGACAACAGAAAUGAGGUUUCUGCUGAGUUAACACAGCUGUCAACUGUAUCAUCUACAGAUAAUCAAGAAUCACAACAAGAAACUGGUUGAAUGUCAUUUUGUUCUUGACAAUUCUCUCGACUGAAUUAUUUCUUCUCAACUGAAGUAACUUGUUACUUAAUCAACUCUAUUAUUGCUCAAAUUGAAGCUGAAUAGAGUAAUUCUCAGGAGAGUGAUCUGUAAAUAUUGGUUUAACUGUGAAUAAAUUAUAACUGUACAGCAGCAACUUUUAAAUAUUUUUAUUUUGCUUAUCUAGAUGUAAAAUUUAGUCCAAUAAUAAGAAUUCUCUAGUUGUCUGACUACACCUGGUCUCAUAAAAAAUAUUGCACGUGAAAAUGAGUAUUAUGGUGAAAUGCCGGUGUUAAAAAAUAAAAACAUUUUAAUUAUU